AUGUCAGAAACAACGUUGACAACAAUAACAACGACAACAGCCAGCACGACUGCUAGUACCACGAGCGCUUCGACAACAACGACAACUACAAAAACAACGACAACAACAACGACAACGACAACAACAACAACAACUACAAAAACAACGACAACGACAACGACAACGACCACAACAACGACAACAACAACUACAAAAACAACGACAACAACAACGACAACAACAACGACAACAACAACAACAACUACAACAACAACGACAACAACAACAUCAACGACAACAACGACCACAACAACGACAACAACAACAACAACUACAAAAACAACAACAACGAUAACAACAACGACAACAACAACAACAACAACAACAACGACAACAACUCGUACAACAACAACAACCACAACUACAGGUAAAAAUAUCUGA